CGAACUUGGGGGCAACGUAUUGCUUUUGUGUUUUUGUCCCAGCACACAAUGGCAACAGAUGAGCGUAAUUUUCGCUCCUAUUAUUACGAAAAAGUGGGAUUUCGUGGCGUCGAGGAAAAGAAAUCGCUAGAGAUCCUGCUCAAAGAUAAGCCGCUCGAUGUGAUCAAAUUAAAGCAGUUCUGUUUACGCUUCCCGGUACCUGCACUACACCGCAACAAAGUCUGGAAAAUCCUCCUAGGCGUGUUGUCUGCAUACACAGACAGCCAUCAGUGGAUCUGGGAGCAGAGGCAAAUACAAUUCAGCGACCUGACUCAUGCCCUUGAUGUGAUGGGCCACACCACAGCAGCCUCACAGCCCUCAGAGAAGUUACUUCUUGUCUGGCUGCUAGAAAACCGGUGCCUGCAUUAUGAUUACAUCAUGCAGCUUCAAAGACCAGAUCAUCUGAAGAAACUUGCCAUUCUUGAAACCUGUUUGAAGCUCUUUGAUAGAGAAGUGGAUGCCUAUUGGUUGGCAAAAGGAUUCUUUCACUUCUCCACCAAAUUCAUCCAGGGGCAUGUCAAAUUCAAAGAGUUGCUGAAGAUGAAAUUGGAAAUAGAAGAUUCAGAUUUAUAUAAACAUGUUAUUGGUCUUGGAGCUAUGGAAAGCCUUCCACUGGAAUAUUGGUUUGGCCAAUGUUUUGCUGGUUACAUAGCUGAAACUUCUCUAGUCAGAAUCUGGGAUAAAUUACUUGGUGGCUCAACCCAAAUCAUAGUCUUUCUUGCUGUGGCUUUAAUCUUACAUUUCCGGCAUUCCAUUUUGGCUUGCAAAAACAAUGAGGAAAUAAAUCAGUGCGUCAGUAAGGUUACAAAGGAAACGUCCGAAAUUGUUGUUAACGAAGCAAUUGAAUUGUGGCAAGAACAUGGCGGUCCGAUCGGCUUAACAAUUACUGAUCUACCCAAACAAAAAUGAAAUAUAUUUAUCACUUGGUGACUUUGUCGACUAAAUAAAGCCAAAUUUAUUAUGAA